CGCCUCAGUUUGAUUUUCGCACACGACGCGGACGAGCACGGAUGAGUUGAUAGCUUAGCGGAUUCGCAGUGACACGCUCCGAUGGGCACAUCGCAUUUUUCCGAGAUGAUGACGCAGUGCGUCUUCGUCGCUGUCGUAUCGCUGAUUUUGUCACACGUGCGGGCAGCUGGCGAAGAGACGAUGUCUUCCGCCUACGGGUCCAUAUCAUCGCCGCCCGCUUGCGUCAUUCGGGCAACGCUCUACAUGACACCCUCUGCGAGGAGGAGCGGCCAGGACUUUGGAUUGCCUCUGGAUAUCGAUUGCAGUGGAAACCAUACGCUGGAACUGGGUUCCUUCGACUUGGGUGCCCAACGAGUGGCCGGAAAGAGGCAUGUUCUGCUCGAUGGCUCCGAAACACCUCCCUUGGGCAUCUCCAGCUAUGGUCUCGAAUACCUGGAUAAUUGUGUGGAUCUAGAAAGCAUAGAGGUCCAACGAUUUGUGGGCGAUGCCACUCUGAAACUAAGCUGUGGAGGGGCUUUAAUGCCGAAUCUCACCACAGUAUCCCUAAAAAACAAUGAGCUGGGCACAUUAAGUGAAGAUACUUUCCAGGACUUGCCGCAUCUGAAGCUAGUUCAACUGCAACAUAACUCCCUGAGAUACCUGGAAAGUCUUCAAGGCUCUGUGGAACUGGAAGAGCUGUAUGUCCAAGACGAAAAUGAAUUGGUUCUUAAGGAUAAUAAGUUCCUGCUGCAGCUGCCUGGGUUAAGAAAACUCAGUUUGAUGAAUAUCAAACAAAUAGAGGGAACAUUUCUCAACACCUUACCGCAAAAUUUAACCGAUCUUACACUCAAAGAUGCACCCAUCCAACCAGGGGACCUCAUACUUAAAGAUGGUAUAGCCAAGUUGGUUAAUGUUAGCCUCACAAAUUGCCAGUUGCGACACUUCGCCUUGGACCCUCCUCACAAUCUGGACCUUGUUUAUCUAAACCUAAGUGGCAAUGCUUUGAAGUCUUUCAACAUAAGUUUCCAUGAUGGGCCAAGUACGCUGAUCACCUUGGAUUUAAGCAGAAACAAGCUGGAGCAGCUGAACUCCACAUGGUUUUAUAGGACGACCAGCCUGCGGAGUCUCUACCUGCAGGAGAAUCACUUCCAUUCGUUGUCGCUCUUUCAAUUGGGUUUGCUUUCUCCGGCAACCAUUCAGCACAUUGAUUUGAGAUCCAAUGAACUAAUGAGUUUUGGGGAGACAGGAAAGGCAAACUAUCCGUACUGGAAUCCACAGCUUCGGAUUUCAAUCGAUGAUAAUCCCUGGAGCUGCCAGUGGUUGCUGGACUUCUAUCACAGCCAGCCCCAGUUAUUUCGGGUUUUCCAGUACUCCAAAUACAUAUCCCAUAUCAAUGUUAAUGGGUUGACCUGUAAGCCCCAAGAACCGCCCACGGAAGAACCGCCCAAGUUGAGGAGAAUUAUGCAUGUGAGGAUCAAUGGUUCGGAGUCGGACUCUUCGAUUCCCGUGGCACAUCCCCAGAGAAAUGUUUCCAGUUUUACGGUCCUGUACGGAAAUCCCGUAGAACUGCACCGAAGUCAGCGAUCCUUGGCACUGAUAAUCGUAUUCAUGUUGCCUCUAGGAAUCGCCUUUCUUUUCCUCUUGCUCUAUCUCUACCUGCACUGCGAGCGACUCUUCCAUUUGUCCUACUACGCGUCGGGAUUGCCUUGUUUCGGUGGCGAAAAGUCCUCCAGUGGACCAAGAUUCGUGGACCAUGUGGACAUUGUGCGCUACCCCAUAGCAAAUGGCAAUGGUAAUGGUUCCGCAGUGGAUUUGGAAACGGAACUGCCAGACGGCUACGAGACUCCGGUGAGUGGAGGUGCCUCGAUUUGCAAUUGCACGGGUCACAGGGAAUCCGCCUGCUCCAGGACGCAUCACGUCACCUACGAGUCCCUGCCCACUGAACUGCCGUAUCAACUGUACGCAGAGAUCAAGGAGCAGGUGGACGAGAGUGGAGACCCAGACGAGAUGUUGGCCGCCUCUGCAGCUCCCACGGCUCCCAUCUACGAUCAUCUGUCCUUCGUGGAGGAGAUGCCAAAACUGGACGAACUGAGAGACAUUUCCUAAAUAAAUAAAGCACAAACAUAAUACUUAGUAUACUCAUAGAGCAAAUAAGAUGUACAUAUAAAAUUAAAACGAUGCGAUUUUGGAAACUAUGAAAAAUGAAAAUUAAUUUCCAACAUUGGCCGUACAUUUAUGGUAAGUGUCAUACGAGUAUUGAAUGUUAGGCAGGAAUGCUCUAUGACACUCCCUGAAAAGUAGCUUGCUCCCAUUCAAGAGUUUUUGCAUAAGAUUCAUGGUAUUGUUUUUAUUAUUAAGAAUUUUUGCAAUUAACUUUAAUAAAAAAAAACUUUAAAGCGUUACCAAAA